AUGUACCGUUGGAUAAGCUAUGGGUUAGGAGCUCAUCCAGCUAAUUUCAUCAAAAUCAGGAAAGCAGGAAAUGAGAACUUCAAAUUGGGAAAGUAUACAGAAGCAGUGGAGAACUACACUGCUGCUUUAUCUAGUAAUAUUAAAUCAUGCCCUUUUGCAGCAAUAUGUUUUGGCAACCGUGCUACUGCACAUCAAGCUUCAGGCCAAAUUGCUGAUGCCAUUGCAGACUGCAGCAUGGCUAUGGCCCUUGAUAGAAAUUAUGCAAAGGCAAUUUCUAGAAGAGCCACCUUGCAUGAGAUGGUUAGAGAUUAUGAACAAGCGGCUUGUGAUAUCCGGAGACUUAUUUCUGUUCUUGGAUCUCAAUCCAAUGAAAAGGCCAAAAAUUCUGAAUCUUCAAAUGGAUCAACUGGUGGCAAAGAAUCAAGGCAAGCUCAACAAAGGCUACUUAUUGUGGAAUAUCAAGCUAAAAUGAGGACCCCCUUAGACUUUUAUCUCAUUUUAGGUAUUAAACCAGCUGAUACAGCAGCUGAUAUCAAGAAGGCAUAUCACAAGGCCGCUCUUAGACAUCAUCCUGACAAGGCUGGUCAGUUGUUGGCAAUAAGUGAAGUUGGGGAUGAAGGUAUUUUCUGGAAAGAAAUUUUCCAGGAGGUGCACAAGGAUGCUGAUAGACUUUUCAAAAUGAUUGGAGAGGCAUAUGUUAUACUUUCAGACCCUACCAAGCACGCGGACUAUGAUAUGGAAGUGGACUAA